AGGAAGGAGAAGAGCCAGGAAACCACUGCACAGACUUGUUGCUUUGGGAGUUCCUUGGCUGUAAAUGUAGUGGUUUUCUUUGUCUGUAGAUUGAUUUUGAUAAGAUGAAUCUGGUGGUUUUGGUGACAGGAGCAAAUAGUGGCAUUGGCCUGGCUCUGUGCGAGCGUCUCCUCUCACAGGGCACGAGGGGCCUCCAGCUGUGUCUGGCUUGCAGGAACAUGCGGCGGGCUGAGGCUGCUCGGUCUGUCCUCCUGACCUCUCACCCCACAGCCCAGGUGGCCCUGCUGCACCUGGACACCAGCAGCAUCUCUUCUGUUGUUAGAGCAGCGCAGGAGGUCAGACUCAGAUACGACAGGUUGGACUACCUCUACCUGAAUGCAGGCAUCAUGCCAAACCCUCAGUUUGAUGUGACAGCCUUUUUCAAAGGUCUCUUUUCCAGCAAAAUUAUCCCUAUGCUUGCCACUGGUGUGGGGAUUUUGACCCAGAAGGAUGGCGUCACCUCUGAUGGCCUGCAGGAAGUGUUUGCAACAAACCUCUUUGGUCACUUUCUCUUAAUCCGAGAGCUGGAGCCGCUUCUCUGCCAUGCCGGUCAGACCUCUCAACUUAUUUGGACCUCCUCAAGUAACGCUCACCGCUCAGCUUUUAACCUUGAAGACAUACAACACCAGAGAGGCUCCCAGCCUUACAGCUCGUCCAAAUACGCCUCAGACCUGCUCAGCCUGGCACUCAAUACACACUACAACAAACAGGGUUUGUACUCAUCCGUCACUUGUCCUGGUUUUGUGAUGACCAGCCUGACCUAUAACAUCCUGCCCUCAUUCCCGGCCUUCGUCUGGACUCUGCUGAUGCCGGUCUUUUGGCUUAUAAGAUUAGUCACGAACACAUUCACACUGACACCACAGAAUGGAAGUGAAGCACUGUUCUGGCUGUUCAAGCAAAAGCCUGAAUCACUGGAUCCGUACGCCAAGUACCACAGCUUAACAUCAGGACUGGGAAACAACUACACACAGCCUCGGAAGAUGGAUAUAGACUUGGAAACAUCAGAGUCCUUGUAUGAGACAUUACUCCAACUUGAAAGUGAAGUAAGGAAAAAGCUGAGGGAGCAACCACAGGAGGCCAUUCUGCAGGAUCUGAAUGGCAUUGAUAGAGAUUACACAGCCCUGCACUGACAGUGUUUUAUUCCGUCUUGGUCACCUGUGAGCAGUGACAUCUGGCUGUCAGACCUCAGAAGAAUGGCACUGCCACACACUGAAGCAUGGAUGUGUUUUGAAGGAGGGACAUACAGUGACUGAAACUAUUUUAAGCUUGACUUAAAAAAAAAAAAAAAAAAAAAAAAAAA